GCGGGUUAAAUUAAGUGUCAAUAAUUAUGCAUCUGAUAUCCACUCACUUUUCUUGUUUGUAAAAAACAGGGUAUCUAUAAAGUCAUUAUAAAAAUGAAUAAAAACCCAAAGUGAAUUGCUUGUCUGUUGACUGUUGAUUUUACCAAUGAAUUAUUAACAAAUGGAACUGUUUACCUCAAUACGUGGUUGAAUCACGAUUUUCUUAUGCGUUUAAAAUAAAGUCGGGUCAUUUGAAAGAAGUCUAUUUCCAGGACUAACUCAUGUCAUCUAUUAAUUUGUCCUUCAGAGACUUAAAUAGUUACGUAUAGUUGUUGUUUAACUUCGUAUUUGCUAUAGUGCUUGUUUAUAUGAAAUUAUUUAAAUAACUGUAAUGACAAACGUUCAAGCUGAGAGUGUUAUUACUAGAAUAAUUAAACAAAUAAUACAACAAUGUAUUUCAAGAGGACAUGACGUCUCUGAGACCCUUGUGGCGUUUAUUGUCAAAGCAGUUGUUCUUGAUCCUGCUUCUGGAUUUCUACCCGAUAAACCACUGGAUAGUGAGGAUAUAAAGAAACUGAUUGAAUUAUGUGUUAACAGGGUAACUGAUCAAGAAUCACCAUCUGUUGAUACAAUAAAAAUGCAAGUAUUCUUCGAAAUAAAUCAUCUCAAAAAAGAUGAAUUCCUAAACGAGCAUCAUCGCGUACUGGAAAAGCGUUUAGAACCUGUAUUACGUGAAGUUAUAGAGAGUCGAGCAAAAUUACGGGAGGAACUAGAGGCUACUUAUCAAAAUAUUAUAUCAGCUUUAUUAUUAAGGUCGGGUCUUGGAUCUCCAACAAAUAUGGAUGUUAUCAGAGAAACUACAGCUGCACUUCAAAGUAUAUUUCCACAAACAGAUAUUGCAAGCUUUUUGUCAGCCAAUGCUAAUCAAAAAAGAAAACAACUAUAUGAAUUUACUGGUCUGGUCACUGGUAUACGUCUGUAUAACAAAGAUUGUAAUAAAGGAGGAGCUGGAAUUGAUGAUCUUCCGCAUUUAUUGAGUGAAGGAGUGCCCAUAACACUAGAAACAGUUAAUGAAGAAAUUAAAAAAUCAGAUGAACUUGCUGCUAUUUACACAAGUCUUUUCUUGAAACUAUCUACUAUUGACCCAACUACUGAUGUUAAAGCUUUAAUAAAGUCUGCUAAGGAGAUGGAUAUUACACCGGAACACUUGCGAGCUUCCGUAGUCAAUGCUAGACAGUAUGGAAAAUUUCUAAGAAUUAUUGAAUGCGAGCUUAAUCAAAUGUUGAAAGACAUAGAGAAAAUAAUUGAUAGCUUUAAAAGUUGUAUGAAAAAAUUGCAUAUUCUAAUAAGUGAUCGGCCAGCCGUUCCAAGUAACGAAGUUUAUCCUGGAUUCCUACAGCUUGCUAAUUAUUGGACAAGUUUUCAAGAUGAAAUGGUUUUCUUAUCAGUAUUAACCAGUACUUUAAAUACCUUACAAACAUAUUUUGUUGGACGUCAGUUGAAAUGGACCAAAGAACAAAUGUAUAAUUUUAUCUCGGAUAAGGAAGUUAUAUUCGACGAAGAUCGUAAGCAUCAUGACCGAUUAAGUGAAGAAUACUGUGGUGGACAUCAGUGUGUAUUCCCACAUUCUUCUUCAGAAGAGAUUAAUCUUAAUAUUGAGUACGAAGGAUUUUGCAUCUGGUCAUUAGUACGUUAUCAAGGUCUACUAGUACCAGCUGAUAUUCAUAUGGGAGUUUUGCUCUUACCUCCAGAUAAUAAAAUGUAUGCAUUUAGCACACCUGAAGCAGCAAAAGAAUUUGUGAUGGAAACUGAAAAAUUUUUGAAGGCUAUACCAGAAGUUAUACGACGUUUACCUGAACUAAUCCCAAUUUUAAAGCUCAAUCACCUUUUCUCCAAAGGAAUUUCUUAUACAAAUGGUCAAUUUCAUGAAAAUACAAGUCCUAAGGUCGACUGUGGUGUCCAAACAGUAGUGCACCCAAUAGAAACGUAUAUUGAUAAAAACUAUUAUUGGAAUGAGUGGGAACUGAGGAAAAAUGCUUUAAAGUUGUAGGUAAAUUUAAGAAAAAAGGCCACAGCUUCUGUUCAAACAAUUUUAAGCAAUUGGAGAAGAGACAAUGCAACUCAAGUAUAUCCGAUGAAGUAAGAUUUAAUACAAAGAGAACAUUUCUUUAUUUUGGCUGACUGCAGUUUAACUUAUUAAGAUGAAAGAGGGCUGUAAAAGUCAUUAAAAUUCAACGUUCAUUUUCAUAUAGCACUGGUCGUAUCAACUAGAGAACUGUUGAUACAAAGCUGGCAAUGAGUAGUUGGACAAACUUACCCCAACGUUCGUUCAUUAGUGAACAACCAGGAUCGAAUAUAAGACCAUAUUCAGAAUGUCUGGGUCUUAUAGUGGACAUUAUAUUUUUCAGAAUUACCUGACAAAAAUAAAGUUUCUCACUAUCAGGUCAAUUUAAAAUAAUGUAUGACACCGAAUUUUGACUGGUUUUGUGAUUUUUCAGUUUCAUUUUGUCAAAAAAUAACUUGUUUUUACAUUACACGAGGACUAUUCUUUCUAUAAAUAUCAGUUAUUUUAGAAUAUUGUUGAUCAGUAAUUUUCGAAUUAAAAACCAAAAGUAGCAGGUAAAAACUGCCGUAGUGGAUUGUCUUAGAGAUAACUCCUAAGGCUUCGUAUAUCACACAUCCUGAUAAUCGUUACUAGGUAGCUCCCAACGAUUUACAAAUUACUGGAGACGAUAUGAAUUGUUGACUGCAAUUUGUACAUCGCAAAUCACUAAGCCACAAGCACACAAAGCGGGUCCGAGUAGAAAUGAAAAUACGAACUAGCAAAUACGAAGGCAAUGAAUUGAUAAGAUUUAUAUAUAGGACGUGAUCAAUUACAUAUGUUCAUAUGGACAUGAUAAUAAUAUUACAAAGAUAUAGACAACUGGUUACUAUUCGAAUGAAACUGUCUUUUAAAUAAGUUAACUGAAGUGAUUGACAAGAUUAAACGUUAACAGACUUAAGUGUGAGGUGCUAUAUUACUUCGUGUUACUUUGAUUAAAGCACAGUAUCUCUAACUUUUCCAAUAUUAGUAAGACAGAACAUUCAGUUGCUCAAUCUUCAUGAAAUUCGGAUGGUAAAGUCGUACGUUGAGAACACACUUCAUACACUUAGGUUUAACAUGUAAGACUAUUUUUUCUUGGAAAAUUUUGGUGUCUUGAAAUUGUAUGUACGUAG